GAAAUAAAGGAAGUGGCAGUGGAGGAAGGGUGGGAGUAUGUUCAAAUUGAGUGUUCUAGUUGCCAGAGCCCCCCAACCUGACAGCGAAGAAGCACAGCUCUGGAUCUAAGAAAGGAGAAGCCAGGGAUAUCAAAGUGAACCCGCCUUUGGAUUCAGCCCUAGAUGCUGCCGAUGGCGACUGGCUUGAGAUGUUUUCUCAUGGCUGUCCUGAUAAUAGCAGUGGAGAUUAAGAAAGCUGGCUGCGUGGACAUCUUCAGCUCCAGAGAACCAGUUCUCCUGCAAGAAGGAGAAAAACUGAGUUUAAACUGCACCUUGUCGUAUAAGAAAAAAGAGGCCAAGGGUCUGACAGUGUUUUGGUGUAAGAACAAGAUGGCACAAGGCUGCUCUCCUAGGACCAGCCUGAAGCAGCUAAAUCUAAAAAGGGAAGCGGAAGUAGGGGAAGAAGACACUUUGAGGGAACAUUACACCUCCAUAGUCUUUACCAUACUUCAGGCCAAGCCAGCGGACAGUGGCAUCUACCAGUGCUGUGCAAGCAGCCAGAAUUCCAACGUCAUCUUUCAGAGCCACUAUGUCACUGUGACAAUCACAGAGAAAGGGAACUACACCGAGACAGAACCGAAACACCAAGAAAAGGCCUUACCUAGCCACAGUGAAAGAUCAUUCAAGACGAGCUCCCUGAAGGAAAAAAUCUGGGGACUAACGGUCAUAGGCUUGCUAGCCCGUCAAGGUUUGUAAGAAGUCUGGGAAAGACUUCAAAAAUAGGGGCAUCAAACUCUCCAAAAGAAAAUCUCGGCUAAAAUUUAAGCUAUCUUUUUCCUCCUAUAUUUCACAUCAUAAAUCCGACCAAGAGCAGAAGGCUCUUUGAGGUGGGGAAUAAUAACCACAGACCAGGAAUCAGGAGAACUGAGUUCUUCUCCCAGCUCUUCCAAUGGCUAGCUCUAUGACUUUGGAAAAAUCACUUCCCCCUCUGAGCCAAUUGCCUCCUUAAUAAAAUGAUGAGUUUGGUAUGGAUGGUCUGGCUACCCUGAAGUCUGAAUUCAUCUGCUAAGCAGUACCUAGAAGAAAACCGAAGGAAGUUCAAGCAUACAGUAAGCCCAUCUUCUUGAUUUUAUUUUCAUGUAAAUAAAAAGAUAGAUCAGCUUUUAAAAAGGAAAA